UAUGACGUGAUUUAAAAAGAUCCGUGACGAUGUCCAAGAAGUGUGGAUCUAAAAGUGAGGAGUUGAGCGCUAAAUUACGCGUAAAAGAGCUAGAGAAGGAAAAUAAUGUCUUGAAAAGCAGGCUUGAUGAGCUGAGAAGAGCCAAGCUGCAGAUGAUCAUCAAGAAAGAAGGGAAGACAGUUGCAAAAGGUCCUAACCUUGGCCGUAAAGCUAGCACCAGUGGUCCUAUCAUCGAGUCUGAGGAUAGUCCCUCUCCUGAGGAUACCGGAGAUGUGGUUUACAGAACAGAUCCGAAGUUGGAGGAGGAGCUUGAAAAGUCCAAGCUGAAGGUAUCCGAUCUUGAAAGGAAGAUAGAGGAGCUGAAAGAACAGCACAAAAAUGAAAUGUCUGGUGCUAAAGCUUCCAUGCUAAACGACCUACGGACGCUCAGAGACGAACACAUAGCUGAGCUACAGAAACUAGCGGAGGAAUACAACAUGGAUUUGGACAAAAAACAGAAUGUCAUCCAAAGUUUUAAGCAAAGCGUUAUAUCAGACUCUAAUGCGAGCAUGGAUCAGUUUAAAGACAUCAUAGCAAAACUACGGGAAGAAAACACAGCCCUGAGAGAAGAUAAUCAAAUGCAGGGAGUUCAGAUGGUAAACCUGGAGAUGAGGGUCAAGGAAUCUCUAACGGAACUCUCAGAAAAGGAAGCAGCAUGGUGCGAACUUGAGGAAAAACUGAAGAUACAGAUCCAGAAAAGUUGGGGAGAGAAGUACCAAGCCUGGAUGUUAGCGACCGAGAAGAAGAUAGAAGAGUUGAGAAAGACUAAUGAGUUUUUGAAGACUGCACUAGAGAGGCAGCAUGAAAGUGAGUUAUAAUGAGAAGCGGUAUCUCACGUAAAUGCUUCGUGUUAGACGCAUUUACUGCAUGGGUUUAAUCACUAGAGCUCCGAAUGAAUUCUUCAGAUAGGAUGUGUGUAGGCCCGAAAAUUUUCGCGGAAUGCUUAUUCUCUGGUGAAGAGAGAAUUAAAGAAAUUCCGCGAGGACCUACGCGACCCUUUGAUAACCGUCCUGUGACUCAAACAGUUUUUCUGACAUUUACAACAGUUUUUCUUUUACUAACGCGAAUUGUAAUUUUUGAUCAAGCAUUGUUCAAAAGUAUCAGACUAUUUAGUAUAGAUAAUGUAUACAGUCUAUUUACAUAGUUUAAAUUUAGUAUUUAGACUAUGUCAAUAGGUUUAAAAGAUACACUGUGCCUUUGAAGAUUUGAAUCGUCCCGAAUCAUUCCUCACAGUACCUUAGUACAAUAGUACCAGCACAACAAAGCAUCUGAAUUUACAUAUAUUUGGUUAAUUCCUGAGGUAUUAACACUGUAUACUUACUUUACUUUACUACAGGUUGUGGUAUUUAUUAAGUUGAUGCCGAGUUUGUUGUUCGUCUGGCUCGGCUAAUCAGUGUAUCUGUAGAUUCUGUUAUAUCUUCAAAGUAUGUAAUUCUUUAGCACAGUCACCGGUGUUUCUUGCAAUAAUUAAAGCAAUUGACCUGGAUUUCCGCAUGUACCCAAUGUAGUUGUCACCCACUUCUGAAAUAUGAUUUAUAAUUCAAAUCUUAUCGCUUUGUUGUAAUGCAAAAGCGAUGCCUAAGUGGUCAAGGAAAGUCAAAAUUUGAUUUAUUUUUAAUAUUAUAGCCGAGGCUGUGACGUUAGUCCGUCUUCAUAGGAUAACUCGAAACGAUCCCAUUAUUCUAUCCCUUUAUUAGGACAGGCAAAAGGAAUGAUUUGAUGCCAUUCUCAUUAAAAUGGCCCCAGGGGCUAGGAUAUUUGCACUGGGAGUUCGCUCAGCUCAAAGGAAUUAUAAACGAUUUAUAAUGCGUCUCCCUGAUUUAUUGUUUCCCCAAGGAUCAGACAUAAUUUGCUGCUGCUGACGCAGAAUAUAUUAAUAAACCCAGCGGACGCUCCCUUGCUUGUCUCUUGUUGUUUUUUGUGUGAGCUACUUCUCUUAGCUCUUGCACAAACCACAAGCCACUAUUAUAAUGAUAUGUUGUCGGCAAUCACUAAAUGGCCUCUUAAAUCUUUAUUUCAAAAAUACAUCUGAGCCUCUAAAUAGUCUGUAGUUCUUGUAAUGUCGGUAACAGUUCCAACUAUCAUUGCUCUCGAUUUGGUUAACGGUAAACUGUCCCUAGUUAAGACAUCAUUAUCUUGAUUCUCAGGUCAACGCAAUCUAGUGAUAGGCGACUAGAAAUAACCAUACAACUACAGUGCAAAUACCAAGAAAACACUCCCUGACUCCCUGCCACCUCUCUGGCCUUAUAUUAUUAUAUUAACUUAACUUAAGUAUCCCACGAUCGUCAAAACCGCCACAAUCCUCCUGGUGGCAAUUGCCCAUCAACUCAAACAUUGGUGUUAAGUUUGUUAACUUCAACUGGAUAGUGAUAUGCUAGGAAUGUAUAAGGGUUGCGAGGAAAACAAUGAUACAAGUUCGGUAAGUGUCAUUCUCCACCACUCUCUCCAUCGCUGCUAUUUGGCAUUGUCAACCGACAGUAACUUGGCUAUUACACUUCUAUGUUGUGGAACUGAAAAUAUUUUAUCACAUUCAUUGAUUUGUUACAGAGAAUAUGUUGUUAAAAUGAUUAAAUAUUCGUUUAGAGUACCAUACAGUGCAAAGCACUCGACAACGAAUAGGAGUAUCAUAUAUACAAUAAAAUUAUUAAUUAUCCUAAGACCUAACGACGUUUCAACUUUCAUUUGUUAAGAUAUUUAUAAUUAUUUUCCGUAGCUUUGUUGAAGUUUCUUAAGUAGUCUGAAUGAGCAAUGAUUAAUAUUCUACGUUGAACUGCUCAGUUCCCAAUAAGAUAGUUGGCUAGAAGGUUUAUUUGAGCUAAAGUUAAAAGUUAACAUGUUCCGACCUGUUUGAUAUUAUGUAGUUUAAAGGUUUUCCUAGUUUAGUAGUUUUGCUAAAACAGAUUGUUAAGCCCGAUUCCAGUGCUUGUUUUAUAUGGAAACCAUUUAGUUGUGGCGGUUGCGGAUCGAAUAAAUUGUCAUUUUCUAUGGCUUGUUGCAUAAUGAAAUAUAUUUCAAAAAUUUCAUUUUUCUAUUUGAGAAGACCUUUCAAAUUUGUGUCUCCGAAUCAAGUUAUAGUGUCCGAGUUACAGUGUCCUAGUUACAGUGUCCUAGUAACAGUAUCCUAGUUACAGUGUCCUAGUUACAGUGUCCUAGUUACAGUGUCCUAGUUACAGUGUCCUAGUUACAGUGUCCUAGUUACAGUGUCCAAGUUACAGUUUCCAAGUUACAGUAUCCAAGUUACAGUGUUCAAGUUACAGUGUCCUUGUAACAGUAUCCUAGUUACAGUGUCAUAGUUACAGUGUCCAAGUUACAGUAUCCUAGUUACAGUGUCCUAGUUACAGUGUCCUAGUUACAGUGUCCUAGUUACAGUGUCCAAGUUACAGUGUCCAAGUUACAGGGUCCUAGUUACAGUGUCAUAGUUACAGUGUUCAAGUUACAGUGUCAUAGUUACAGUAUCCUAGUUACAGUGUCAUAGUUACAGUGUCCAAGUUACAGUGUCCAAUUUACAGUGUCCAAGUUACAGGGUCCUAGUUACAGUGUCAUAGUUACAGUGUUCAAGUUACAGUGUCCUUGUAACAGUAUCCUAGUUACAGUGUCAUAGUUACAGUGUCCAAGUUACAGUGUCCAAGUUACAGUAUCCUAGUUACAGUGUCAUAGUUACAGUGUCCAAGUUACAGUGUCCUAGUUACAGUGUCCUAGUUACACUUUACAGAAUCCAAGUUACAGUGUCCAAGUUACAGUGUCCAAGUUACAGUGUCCAAGUUACAGUGUCCAAGUACCAAUAUUUAUAUAUGCUAUGAAGUAUGAGCGUGUCUUGACAUGUCAGGUUUGUGUACCUCAGCCGGCAGCAAUAUGUCAGG